UGUUCGUCCACCGGCCGUUUUCACAGUCAAUACCUGACAACAUAUCGUAACUGUCGCGGCGCUGUUCCCGAAGCUAAUGUUCAAAUUGCACCGUUACUCUCCUCGCGUUCCUAUGUUUACACCUGCGUUAGGGAGCGUUAUUCAAUGCGCUGCCACAGAAUCAUCGCAAUGAUAUGCCCAGUAUGCACAAGGCUGAAGUUAGUAACGUUAACGUAGCGAAACGUCAUGGAAUAAAUCGUUGUUCAAUUUUAGGACGACUAUCGGCAAGUUGGCUUUUGAAGAUAUGAACAUGUUAUCUUUGUUGCGAUUUACUAGCUGAAUUUCCGACAAUACUGAGGGUCUGAAGCAACGAUAUUCCGAAACAUGCAUCGUUAAAGUAACGACCUUGCAACCUCACACCCGUCGGUACACGUACGGACAGUCAACGAUCCGUCAUCAGAUCGCAAACGUUAUUAAACGUCGCAGUAUUAAUUCGGACGCGUAUUCAGUUUUAAUCGACGCGUGCGUCUUAAUUAAUCGCGGUAAAGAGACCGUUGAAUUAUUUACAUACUAAGCAUAUACAAAUUGAUCUAUUAGCGUUGGUGACGGCCUACCAAGGGCCUGUAUAGUUACCAUGGAAACCCCGGAUGCCCGGGACCUCCAUGCAGCUAUACAUACGCAAGGGUGAGCUUGAAGAAUUGACCGGAGUGUUGGCCAGUACCGGAGGGGGAGCUUUGACGCUCGGGGGACGCCACAGGCCGGAAGAGUUGACUACGCUGGCUGCAACCACUCGGUUUUCACGUAAGGAAAUCCAGCUCAUCUACAGAGGAUUCAAGCAAGAGUGUCCUUCCGGUCUCGUGGACGAGGAAGCCUUCAAACAGAUUUUUUCCCAAUUCUUUCCCCAAGGAGAUGCGAGUCAAUACGCGCACUAUGUAUUCAAUACGAUGAAGCGCAAACAGUCCGGUAAAAUAAGCUUUGAGGAAUUUCUAACUAUUUUAUCAAAAGUAUCCCGUGGGUCGGUCGAAGAGAAACUCCAAUGGGUAUUUGGGCUCUAUGAUCUGGAUGGUGACGGGCUGAUUAGCAAAGACGAGAUGCUGGAUGUUGUUGGUUCGAUUUAUGAAAUGCUUGGACGAUACACGCAGCCCCAAUGCGCUGAGCCUCAAUUAGCGGCCCGGGAGCACGUCGAACGUAUAUUUCACUUAAUGGAUACAAAUAAGGAUGGUGUGGUGACAAUCGAGGAAUUGGUCCAGUGGUGUUCCAAAGAUGAGCAGCUUCUUCGCAGCUUGGACACCCUAGAUACAGUAUUGUGAAAUUACAUUUUCCUGUACUAAUUUUACCAUAUGCUCAGUAACAUCGUGAUAAAGUUUUCGUCGUUCUAAAAUUUUCUGCACAAAGGUUUCCUCGUACUCUAAUUUAAAAUAAUAUUGUCGCGAUAAUUUUCAUUCUAAAGGCCCGAGAAUUCUAUUUACCGUGGUCGCAGCCUUGUUCAAAGGCAAUUUAAUGCAAGAAUUACAGCAUCUAGUGUCUUUCAAAUUCCCUGAAACACGCAUUCCCUCAUUUUUGCUUGGAUGCGUUUUAUUUAAAUUCAGACAGUUGAUUGUUCCCGAGAAACCGAUAAAUAUGCUGCAGAAAACUUUACGAGCCUCUCCUGUAAAUAUUUUCCUACCCAGUCUUUCAAAUGUGCAAUUGCAUAAUUCCAGUAUUAUUAUUAUUACAUAAGCAUUAAUGAAUGCAAUGUGUUAGUCACUUUUUCAAUAUUUCAGUCGACGCAGUUUUAAUAAAGUGUCAAUGAAUUCUCAACGGUUCCUUGUGAGCCCGCAUUAAUGAAAUUUGGUACUUUUAAAAAAGUCGGAUCGAUUCGACCCAUAAAAUUUGCGACUGUAACUGGCACGAGUCUGUUACCAAGUAACACUGUCUGUUGAAUACGUCUAUGCAUGUUCAGUUCGACAAGUUUGAAGGAAAAGACAUUUUAUAACAGUCUUGUGGGUUUCUAAAAUAUCUUAACUGUACCUCCACCUCCGCCUUAUGGCUGUUUGAAAACUAUGCUUAAAAAAUUAUGCUGACUGAGAUCCUAUUGCAUUUCCACGUUCAAAGGUGUUAUCAUGUCAAACACUUGAAGUUAUACGCAUUUCUACAACCGAUUUAAAAUCACGAAUGAAACGAUCACGAACAUUACAAGAAUUUUUUCAACUAUCGAUCUGAUGCAUUUUUGAUCUCCUCUUCUCUAUUGUAGACAUUGAACAGUUUUAUUUGAAGGAUUUCAUGUUAGUGUUGUAUACUGACGUCCCGGGUAUACAAUAUAUAUUGGCGUGGUCCGUAUUUAGAGCUCGAACGAAUUUUUCAACAGACGCCUCCUAAAUCGGCUCCAAAUAAUUGAAAAUCACGUGUAUUUUCAAUGGAAAACCUCAUCCUCCUGGUGAGAGGGAUUAGAGUUGAGGUAAGAAUCUGAAAAAUUGGAGUAUUGUUUUUAAUUAUGUGGAACCGGUUUGUGGGACGUCUGGUAAAGAAUUCGUCCAGGCCCUAAACAAAGACCACCCUGAUAUUAUACACCUAUGAUUAAACUAUUACACUGUUAUAACUUGUGAGGCACCAGUCUUGUGGAUAUAAGUAUAUGUGUUCUUGUUUUUACUACGAUUCUUGAUUCGCAUUUAGGGUUAUAGCCAUGCGUAGUUAUGAUAUAGAAGCGAACUUUAUAGGAGUGAUAGAAAUUGUCUAGAACAGUUUAGAUUUAGCACUGACCAAGCAAACCGCUCUUUCGACAGGGCCUCGUGUGAUUCUCCUGUACCUUACUACUAUUUAAAUAAUUAAUUAUAGAUAUAAUAGAGUAUAUUUAUACAUAUAUACAUAUGUGUAUAUGUACAUGUAUAUUGUACGUGUAUAAAAUUAUAUACAUGCAUAUAUAAUAUGUAUAUACACACGGUUAUUAACUUGAAAUGUAUAAUUAGGUUUAAAAAUCGUAUUUGACAAAUCCGCUCGAAUUCUAUGACAUAAAUAUAUACCUAUAUAUGUAUAUAUAUAUAUAUACGUAAAAAAUUUCAGCAAUAUUAAUUAUAUGAUUGUUACGUCAAAUUGCUUUAUACCUCGUUACGCUUCCUCGGUUAUGAAUUUACACGUAAAAUGUCUUCGGUGCAUUUACAUUGUAUUGAAAAAUACACGGAUCAACGGUGAACAUGCCAUUUUCCGUAUUUUCUAGCAUAUGGCACCGUAUAUUAUGCACAAAUCAGAUGGACAUUAUAAUUUAAAAUAUUUUCAUAAAUUUAAUAUGUUACAAAAAUGAAAUAAGUUACAUGCACAAAAAGUACAUCCGUAUAGCAGUGCCACAAAAGCAACGAAAUGUAUAAUGUGCCAUUAAUUUCUCUCUAUGAAUUCACCUAUUUGUCUUUCAACAAGAUGCAAUUCUGUUGUUAUUCGCUCAAAAGUCACAUGGUACUGUACAAUUGAUGCAGAUGAAGUGUAAGGUUGGAAUUUUUCACAUUUACUUCCGGAGGCACCAUAAUACAAAUUAUUGACUUCUGCACUGACUGAAAUACUUUACACAUUACGUAAUAUCAAGCGUUGUAAGUGUUGCCACAAUUAUAAACUUUGAGAAAUAAAUUUACCAAAUAAACAUUUCAAAGCGUUGUUGAUACUUAUGAAUUAUCCAUCGAUAAUCUAAUACUCCGAGUGCCAAUCAGUUACCGUACGUAUCAUCACUAGGCCAACUACAUUACCAUGACUUCACGAGCAGUUUAUUCAUAGCUGUAUAAUCUCCAGUCUUUAAAUAAACAUAUUACUUACGGUUCACUAAUAAUAUUCUUUUCCCUGCUAUUCGAAUGUUCAAAAGUAACUUCAGGGACUUUUUAAUAUCGUAUUAUACGGCUGUAUACUUUGUAUUUGUAAAUAAAAAACAAGUUGCUAUUGUGCAUAAU